UCGCCAGUUGUGGUGGUGUUCAUUGUGAUUGUUUGGACUGUUGUUAUAAAUGUCAAAUAGAAUGGAUAAUGUUGUUAUAUCGUUGUUGUUAUUCGUGACAAUAGUAAAUUUUGGAUACUGCACGCAGAGAACUUUACGAUCAUGGGUGAAUCCUGACUGUGGCGAAUUAUGUAAAGGCACAAAUUUAACAACAGUUUAUCUAAGGACUGAUGGUCCCAAUGAUACUCUGCAUUACCUGUGGGAUUUUCGUGGUAAUCCAUCCAUAUUGUUAGCCCUCACUACACCAUCAACUUCCUUAAAUAUAAGUUGGGAAGAUUUUAUCGCAAGGAAAAAAAAUUCUAUAACAUUCACAAAUGAACCUAUUUAUACUUUUGGUCUAGUUAUAAAUAAGAUUAUAGAGUUCAAUGACAUAAAUGACACAGCAUUAAUAAAUGUUACUAACAUUAAACAUGUAAAUACAAACAUUUUGCAUCCUAUGUUUUUCCAAUGGGAGCGUAAGACUUUAUUGCAGAAUAAUGAAUUUGUUUCCUUGGACAUGGAAGGCAAUUACUAUAAUGAUGUUCCUAUGAACAUUAGUAGACAUGGGACAUUAAAGCUUUCGCUGAGAGGAUUUUGUUCCCUCGACCAUUCACAAAUAAUGCCUCACAUGUUGCAUACUGAGAAUUCUACUCAGGUGGACAUGAUUCUUGACCAUGUAGAAACCAAUAAAACCUUUUCUAGUAGUAGGUUUGCUAUUGAAUUACUGGUGGUAGGUGGAGGAAAUCCUGAGAUACCUAUGUUUAUUAAUUCUAAAAAAAAUUUGGACGAUGAACACACUCCAGGAAUAUUUGAGGUUGUUGAAGUCAGAACUCCACCAUAUAAAAGUAUGGAUGAUUAUCAAACAGAAGGAGCUUAUUUGCAAUGGAGACCAGUCUCCUAUACGAAUACAUCUCGCGAUGUAACAAGUUCCACAGAAACAGUACAAUAUCCAGCAUUGAAAGUUACUGAUCACACAAGUGCAAUUAAAAAUUCUUUGUUGUAUUGUUAUUAUGGAGACAAAGUGAAUGAUUUGCUUACACAAAGAAUUAUAGUAUCACUAGGAAUGCAAGGGGAUGGAUUUUAUAAAAGAACCAAUUAUUCUACAUGGACAUUUUUAGUCGGCUAUGGCACACCGCCGAAUGAAAAGUUCUCUUACUUGGUGAUAAUGAUUAUUGCGAUCGGUCUUGGCAUCCCACUUGUUAUUCUAAUAGCAAUCGGAAUAUACCUUUGUAUUCGUAAAAUGCCCAAGCGAAAUAGGGGUGUUUAUUUAAGUCAAUGAAGUAAUUCGUAGAUUCUGUAAGAAAUUUCGGCUACGUCGUGUUCGAUAGAAGUGUGAGCACGUUUAGUUGCAUUUACGACACCACCGUUAAAUUAUACAAAGAUAUUACCUAUAUUUAUACAUAGCACAUAUAUUUUUUACACAACUUUUCAAGUUGGUUCGUAAACACCAAUUUGAAGUAAAUAAUUAAUGUAACGCAAAAACAAACUAUUCUGUACAAAUUUAUACACGAUUCAUUAA